AUGAGGAACCUCAGGGCACUGUUUGAGAGAGAAGGCUGCAGCAGGGAUGACUGGACAUUCAUCAGUGACAGAAUGAGGGGGGUGGAUUUAGCUGUUCAUGAAAACUUCCCAAGGGCCACUAGAAGGUGUUGUGCUCAGCAUCUGUACAUGAAUUGCAAGAAUGGAGGUUGGAGUGGAGAACUUUUCCACAAGCUCUUCUGGAUAGCUGCAAAUGCCUACAACCCCUUUGUUUACAACAAGGCAAUAGAGAAGAUCACUGAAUUUGAUCCAAAUGCAACAAAGUACCUGGACACAUGUACUGAGCAGUGGUCAAGACAUCAGUUUGAUCCAGCAGUGUGUUGUGAUCAUAACACAACUAAUUAUGUGGAAUCAUUCAAUGCUCUCACCAAGCCAUACAGGGAUUUACCUUUGUUGUCACUAUUUGAAGCCAUAAGGGAGUGGUCCAUGGAGAGAAUUGGGGUCAGGUUUGAUAAAGCAGCAAACAUGGAGCCUAACCACUUAACAGACUAUGCCAAACAUGAAAUAGAGUUGAGAAGUGCAGAAUCCAGAUUCUGUUACUCUACUGCAUGUGGUGGUGGGGAGUUUGAGGUGAAGGAUGGCAAUGUGAAGUUCCCAGUCAAUCUACACAACAGAACCUGUGGGUGUGGAGUAUGUCAGGGGUCAGGUAUGCCCUGCAAACAUGGCUUGAGGGUCAUCUACAACCAGAGACUUGACCCUGUCGACUUUGUUUCCACUUAUUUCAAGGGUGCUGCUUAUAAACAGGCAUAUGCAGAGCAUAUGCACCCAAUGGCUGACCCUACUCAGUGGCCUGGAUCCACACUGCCCACCAUUAAACCACCUGGGAUCAAGAGGGGUGCUGGAAGACCUCAAAAACAGAGAAGGAGGGGUGCCAUGGAAGCUAGAAAGAGGAAGAGGCACACUUCAGUUAAGUGUAGCAAAUGCAAGGAAAUGGGCCAAAAUGCAAGGACCUGCAAGUCUGGUGCAGGCACUUCCAAGGCACCACCAAAAUAG